AUGCUCCCCUGCGCCGCCUGCAGGCGUCGGCCAUGGUCGCCUUGCCGCAGGAUGCGUCGCCUCUCAGGUCCUUCAGCUCGAUACGUGUGGUCGCGCGACGACAAUCGCUUGGCGGCCUCACCGGCGUCUCGCGAACACGCAACGCGAAGGGGUUGUUGGAACGAGCAAGGGUGCUCAACGAGGUCGCCCCGCGGCGGGGCUGGCUUCGGCCAAGCACUUUGCGCUUCUUUGAAAGCGAGCCGAACAGAGGAUCCUGGUGUACAGGACCGCUUCAGGAGUACGACCGGCGCGUGGAUGAGGGCUUUCUGCGCGACGACGAGCAUCAACGAGAGUCUACAGCAUCUACACGAUGAGCUGCGCGAGUACCACGCGCCUCCUGUCGUUCACCCGAGCCUUGACCAGCUCAAGCCCGCCAAGAAGUCCGUCUUCGCCUCCCUCUUCGGCAAAGGCGGGGGCGCCGGCGCCGGCGCGCAAGCCAUCGGCGCGAUCCCCCAAAACCUGCCGCGAGGCCUCUACCUUUACGGCGACGUGGGCAGCGGCAAGACCAUGCUCAUGGAUCUCUUCUACGACACCCUGCCGGAAUCGGUCAAGACGAAGACCCGCAUCCACUUUCACAACUUCAUGCAGCUUGUCCACAAGCGGCUGCACAGGCUCAAGGUAGAGCAUGGCAGCGAUAUCGAUGCGGUGCCUUAUGUAGCUGCCGACUUUGCCGAGCAAGGGAACGUGCUCUGCUUCGAUGAGUUUCAGUGCACCGACGUGGCCGACGCCAUGAUACUCCGAAGAUUGCUCGAGGCUCUCAUGUCCCACGGUGUUGUCCUGGUCACAACGUCAAACCGUCUGCCCGACGACCUCUACAAGAACGGCAUCCAGCGCGAGUCCUUCAUCCCCGCCAUCAAGCUGCUCAAGAAUCGACUGCACGUCAUCAACCUCGACUCGCCGACCGACUACCGCAAGAUCCCGCGCCCGCCGUCGGGCGUCUACCACACGCCGCUCGACCAGCACGCCGCGUCACACGCCGAAAAGUGGUUCCGCUUCCUCGGCGACUCGGAGAACUUUGCGCCGCACCCGGAGACGCAAAAGGUCUGGGGCCGAGACAUUUACGUCCCGCGCGUCAGCGGGCGCUGCGCCUGGUUCACGUUUGACGAGCUCAUCGGCAAGCCCAAGUCGGCGGCCGACUACCUGGAGCUGGUGCGCUGCUACGACGCCUUCAUCGUCACCGACGUGCCCGGCAUGACGAUCCACGAGCGCGACCUCGCGCGCCGCUUCAUCACGUUCAUCGACGCCGUCUACGAGGGCAACGCCAAGCUCGUGCUCACGCUGGAGAAGCCCCUGACGGAACUCUUUGUCUCGCGGGACGAGAUUGCCGAGGCUUUGCUCGAAGGGGAGAGGAAGAUGCGAGCCGGAAAGGGAGGGGACGGCAACGCAAAAGCCCGGGAGAGGACCGCGGACGAGGUCCUGGAGGAGCACGAGCAGGGAGCCCCAAUCGAGAUCAAAGACUCGGGCCUGUUCGCCGGCCAGGAGGAGGCCUUUGCCUUUGCCCGCGCGCUGAGUCGCCUCUCCCACAUGGAGAGCAAGCAGUGGGUCGAGCGCGGCAUGGGCCUGGAGAGCAAAGGCGGCAAGCAGGACCGCGACAACUGGUCCAAGACGAGGAGUCGGCAGAUGGAAGAUUCCAUGUAA